AUGUCGAUCCUCUCAAACGAAACAAGGCAAAAGUGGCUCUACGGCUCAACCUUGCCAUAUGCUGAAGCUCCAUGGGCGAGGGGUUGUCCCAGCCCUUACUACCGCGACAGCCAUCGUCGACUCCGAGAUGCAAUGCGGACAUGGGUCGAGACAAAUCUCGUCCCCUUCGUGCAGGACUGGGAGCAAGCCGCCACUCUGCCCGCCGAAUUAUGGCACAAAGCCGCGGAAGAUGGCGUCCUCAUGCCAAUGGGCGCUGGAUCGAAAAUCCCCGAGGACUGGAGAGGGGUUCAUCCAAUCAUUGGAAACGUGCCUCCGGAGGAGUGGGAUGGCUUUCAUGAUUUCAUCCUUCACGAUGAGUUUGGUCGCGUGGGUGGCGCCGGGUUCGUACCACGCCUUUUUUGGAUUUAUGAAAGGAAGCAUACACUGGCCAUCCCGGCCAUCCAGCGUUUUGGAAGCGCACAAUUGAGACAACGAGUAAUUCCGGAUGUGCUUCGCGGCAAGUCUCGAAUAGCUUUGGCCAUUACUGAACCCGAUGCCGGCUCUGAUGUUGCAGGCCUACAGACGGAAGCCAGGCUCACAGCAGAUGGCCAGCACUUCAUCAUCAAUGGACAGAAAAAGUGGAUAUCAUCUGGGACAUACGCCGACUACUUCCUCACGCUGGUGAAAGAGUCAGAUGGAAAUUUCACUCUUCUGGUGGUCCCACGGCAGGAAGGCCUGACCACGAGACAUAUCACCGUUUCUGGCUCGACGACAGCCGGAACAGCCUUUGUUGACUUUGACGACGUCAAGGUCCCGGUUGGAAUGGUUGUGGGGGAGCGGGGCAAAGGCUUUAAAUAUGUGGUUUCUAACUUCAACCAUGAGCGGCUGUUCAUCAGCAUGCAGGCGCUUCGCUGUUCAAGGGUCUGCCUCGAGGACUCCAUCCAGUACGCCCUGUCGAGGCAGACGUUUGGGAAAGUAUUGGUAGAACACGCUGUCAUCCGAUACAAGUUUGCGAACAUGAGUAGAGAGGUUGAGGCGCUUCAGUCAUGGCUAGAAAGCCUGAUUUACCAACUCCAUUCCUUGUCUCCUGCCGAGGCCGAAUUUCUUCUGGCCGGCACGACAGCACAGAUCAAGGCCCACGCCGGCAUAGUCUUGCAGCACGUGGCAGGCGAUGCCAUUCAGAUCAUGGGCGGGAUUGGUUUGACGAGGGGCGGGCGUGGAGAACGAGUAGAGAGGAUUUGGCGCGACGUUAAAGCUCUCACAGUCCCUGGUGGUAGCGAAGAGAUCAUGUUGGACCUUGCAGUACGACGAGCCGUCAAGGCGCAUACAGAGCUUGAGAGGCUCAGCGUCUCGAAAGAGCGUCUCUGAGAUUCAUACUAGGCUCUCUCGGGGGUGUAUGAUCUAUUCUGCAUAGAACGGCAAGGGGUGUCCAAGAAGAUUCGAUGCCGUGAUACAUUUCUACUUGUGUGUAUAGACAUGCUGUGACGCUCUCAGAAGCUUCCGUUACGCCAAUCGUAUGCAUUU